AGAGCGCGGUACAGUGAGGCUGUGUGUGCGGUGUGUGCGGUGUGUGCGAUGUCCAAGCGGGACGCGGGGAAGACUAGAAGCGGGGAAAUGCGGCCACCGUGCAGAGCUGAGAAAGCAUGAGCAUUGCCAUACAGAAAAAAAACAAUCAGGCUACAGCUUCUGAGAGCAUUGCGUUUCCGAAGGGCCAGUAAAGAGGCGCAAGCAUGUGUAGCUCUCUGAGUCCUAAGCAGCACCCUUUUGGCCCAGGCCUCACUGACCUGCAGCAGUACAGUUUGUGGCUAGCCAGCAGACAUGAAGCCAGUCUGCUGCCUAUGAAAGAAGACCUGGCUCUCUGGCUCACCAGCAUGCUGGGUGUUGAAAUUACAGCUGAGAGUUUCAUGGACAGGUUAGAUAAUGGCUUCCUGUUGUGUCAGCUGGCUGAGACUCUGCAGGAGAAAUUCAGGCAGAACAGUGGAGAACUUUCACCUCCUGACAAGCCAAUCCCUAAUCGGAGGAUCCCCUGUAGAGCAAGUGCUCCAUCUGGCUCUUUUUUUGCCCGAGACAACACAGCCAAUUUCUUGUCAUGGUGUCGGGAGGUGGGAGUUGGGGAGACCUGCUUGUUUGAGUCUGAAGGACUGGUAUUGCACAAACAGCCACGUGAAGUCUGCCUGUGUCUGCUGGAACUGGGGAGGAUAGCGGCUAGGUAUAAGGUCGAACCACCUGGGUUAAUUAAGCUGGAGAAUGAGAUUGAGCAAGAGGAGAAAGCCCCAGAGCCGCCUUCCUCACCCGUCUCUCCCGCUCAGGGCUCUGCUUUCAACAAAAGCUCCUCCUGCAAAAAAAGCACUGGCAAGCUCCUGGAUGAUGCCGUAAGGCACAUUUCCGAGGAGCCUCCCUGUAAGUGCCCUAAUAAAUUCUGUGUCGAGCGUCAGUCACAGGGCCGCUAUCGUGUUGGAGAGAAGAUACUCUUUAUUCGGAUGCUGCACAAUAAACAUGUGAUGGUGCGAGUAGGAGGUGGCUGGGAAACGUUUGAGAGUUACCUACUGAAGCAUGACCCCUGCCGUAUGCUGCAGAUUUCCAGAGUGGAGGGCAAAGUGUCCCCCAUCUCCAUCAAGUCCCCUAGCAUCAAAGACCUAACCCCUGACAGCUACCUGGUGGUGGCGGCCCACUACAGGAGUAAGAAGUAAUAAAGGCUAGUAACAGAUAAGGAAUAUGAGGAAUGAAAAACAGGCUUUGCAAUUAAGCUCAUUUCACAUACAGUAUGUAUCACACUAACAUGUUAAUCUAGUUUACAUUAUGUGAGGGGCGAACUAUAGGGAGUCAUUUAUAUGUGUAAACACAGGGUAAAACAUACUCUGGACUAAGCAAUGGCAACCACAAACUUUAUUUCUGAGCUUUAUUUUUCUUGCAAAUUGUUAUUCAUACAUUGACUGCUUGUAUUAAUACAGCUAAUGUAGCUAACUUGACACUGUGCCACAAUAAUACAGCAGGACUGAAACAUAGACUGUUGGUUUUACAGGGGGAGGGACUGGAAAAAAAACACUAUGAUUUUUAUUUUUUGACAUCUAAAAAUGCAGUAUAAAAAGUAAAAGUUUAUCAUUUAUAGCCUGGAAUUGAAAUUGAUAUAUGUAGUGUAGCUUGUGAUGAUGUCUUUGCUCUACUGCUUUGCCUGUCAUUAGCUGAGAUUUCUUCAUAAAUAUUACUUGAGUGAUGUAUAUACAUUUACUUUUUCUCUCAUAAAAUGACAUUGUCAUAACUUCUUAAUGUAUAUAUUUGCAGCAUUAUAGCAGAACAAUGUUUUUUUUUCUCUGGAAUGCAUCCACUUUGCAGAAAAUGAUUUUCUUAAACAGUUGUAGAUGAUGACUUUUCAGAUUGUAAUAACAGAUAUAUUACAAUUCUAAUCACUUUUCCUCUAUGCAAAGACCAGUCAUACUUGUGAGCUGUUAAUAGAAUGUGAUUUGUGUUCGGAGUAAAAACAAAUCAGCAAGCGUUUCAGUGGUUCUUUUUUCUUUAUCAAUUUGAAUAAAGAAAUUGCUGUUUGUGGAA